UCUUGCUCACGAAGAGUCUGCAAGGAGGAAAAGAAAGAAGUAUUUAAUAUUGCAGAAUUCUGUGGAAUGUUUUGAGAGCUCUAUGGAUCUCGAUUAUGAGAACCGAGCAAACCCCUGCUAGAAAAGUAAAUGAUGGGCUUUCGGUUGUAAGAGUUUUCUGCACAAAAGUUUUCUGCACAAAAAGUACCUUUUCUUUGGCUAUUAGCUCUGAACAUCAAAUGAAGGACACACCUCAUUUCAAAAGAAGAAGCAGCACGUGGACCAUGGACCAAACUAGAAACCCCCAAACUGACAUCUAUGUGUUCCACAGCUUUGGCUGCAACAGACACAAAGAUGAAGAUAGUUCAGUGAUUGCGCAGCCCAUGUUUGUCUUCAAGAAGGAACGACCGUGCAAGAGGCCUGCGGAAGAUCCAUUGCACAAGACUGAAAACGUUCCCUGUGGACCCAGAAAACGUGCAAGAGCUUCAUAUUUUUCUUUUCAGCCCUCUGAGUCAGAGUCCUAUAGAGAAACUGUAUGUUCCAAGAAACAAGCAAGAACAUCAUCCUUUAUCAUCAUUCCAACAUUUCCACCUUCUCAGCCAGUAAAGAAGAACAAUGUAUUCAUGACUUCGGGCCUAUCAGAAGAUUGUAUUGAUGUGAAAGCAACAGAACAAGAUCUUCCAGCGAGCAACAGACGAAGAGAGGUUUUAAGGCCUGCCAGACUGCAGCCGCCACAGGUGACUACAUAUAGAAUAGAAAAGAAGAAAACUGGUGAAAAUCUUCUAGAGGAGAAUCAUGAAACAGACAAUCAGAUGUCUGAAGAUGCCUAUAUCUCCCAAAAGCUUCCUCACCCAUUACAGAUUUCAAGCUCUAGCACAACGCACAAUCGAUUAACCAAAGACAGAACUGUCUCAGAAAGUGAGCAUUCUAAUUUUGUAUUUGGAGAAAAUAUAGUAGAAAGAGUUUUGAAACCUGAGAAAUCCCCAGAAUUGCAGUCCAAGGAUAUCAGUGAAAAGGAGCUCAUCUGUGCCCCAGAUUUCCAUACCAUUCCCCCAUGGGCAACACCUCAUUUUGCUAAGGGUUCAACGCUAGCAGAAUCAGCUGCUGCUUACCUGUCUAGCAAAACAGCACAAAGAUAUUUAUUGGAGGAAAUAGAAAUUACAACAGGAGAAGAAGAGGAACACAAUGUAUUGCAGAUCAACUGCAGGCUUUUUUUAUUUAAUAAAGCCCUAUUAUGCUGGACUGAAAGAGGCAGUGGCUGUUUGAGACUUAAUGAUACCUCCAGCAAUCAGCAUGGAAUGCUUCAGUCAAGACUGGUCAUGAGAAAUCAAGGAAGCAUGAGGCUUAUUCUUAACACCAAGCUGUGGACUCAGAUGGUGAUAGAAAGAGCAAACCGGAAGAGUGCGUGCAUCACAGCAACAGAUCUGGAGGACGGAUCCGUCAAAGUUUUCCUAAUACAAGCCAGCACAAAGGACAUUGAAUCCCUCUAUGCAGCCAUCCAUCACCGUCUGGUUGCUCUGAGAAACUUUACAAAGCAGGAAUGUGGCGUAAAUCAAGUGGAAUACAAGCUAGAUGUUCAGCCAAUAUCUUGUGACAGUGAUGAUGAAGAGAAUGAAAAAAGAUCUCCAGGGAGCAACAAUAGAUCAGAACAUUCUCCAUGGAUUCGCAGACAACCUGUGGUCUGUUCCUGACAACUCACUACAUCCCAUUAAAAGGACAUUAGAGACACUAUGUUGGAAUGAAGACACCACACAGGAUGUGGUAUAUGAUUAAGGAACAAAGCAAAGAAUAUGUGAAAGAAGCACUUUAAAGGUUCCCGACAUCAGUACCUAUAACAGGAAUCCAAAAUCGGCCUCAGUUCUUUUCGAAUUAUUCAGAAGUAGUAGUUUUCAGUUCAGUUUGGGGAUGAACAGCUUUAAGAACUGUUUUAAAGAAAACAGUAAUUCUGAUCCAUGAUGGUAUUCAUCCUUUACGAAUGAUUGCUCCAUCUACUUAGAGCAGUAAUUAUUUACAAAGCAUGUGUAUGUAUGUGUAUAUGUACGUGUGUGUACAGUAUAAAAUAUUAAUCUAUUUUAGGUCUAUUAUUAAACUUGCAUUAAUCUUCAUAGCUUAA